GAGACAGUGGUAUACGUGGUGGAUGCAGGUCCAUCCGUCCCACAGAGCGUGUUUCAGGAGUGCCGGCUCUGGGUGGAGCAGCAGAUGGUGCAGAAGCUUCUCUUCAACCCACGUGACGAUGUUGCAGUUGUUGCAUUCGGCUCCAAGGAGACGAACAACCCCUUGGAGGAGGUGGAAGGGUACGAGAACAUAGCCGUGGUGGUGCCUCACAGGGUGGUGGAUCCAUCCUCGUUACAAGCUGUGCACGCUAUGGAGCAAGCAGCAGACUCGAGCAUCAGGAGUGACUGGCUCAGCGCGCUUGUGGUGUCCUUAGACCUGCUCAUCCGCGCCAAGGGCCCCCUGGGAAUCACAAAGGGCGUGAAGCGCGUCAUGCUGCUGACAGGUGGCGGCACGCCAUUGGAGGAGGCCAGCGAAGGUUCCAAUGAGGAGCAGGCGGCAACGGUGGCUGGGAAGAUGCACGAAUAUGGCAUCGCUCUGCACGCUGUGCUGCUGAGCGGGAGGGUGGAAGGCGAGGAGGCAGAGGCAGGAGGAGCAGACGACGAUGGGGACCCAGGAGGAGGAAGGGCAGAGGCCAGGGAUGUUGCUAACGAGAACGAGAAGCUGCUGAGAAGGUUCUUUGAUGCGGGGGCUUGCAGGGACCACGGGGGUCGAAGGGAAGAGCAGGAGAAAUUGAAGGAGGAAGAUGGGGGAAGGUGCGGGAAACGGUGCAAACGGGAAGAGAAUGGGACAGGUGAUGCAAGGGCGGAGGGAGGAGGUGGGGCGGAUGAGGAGGAGGAGGAAAAAGGCGUUGGGAGCGGUGGUGUGGUGUGUGGAGGGGAGCUGCGAGUGGUGGCGUCGCUGGCAGCAGCGGGCAUGCUGUAUCGGGUGAAGCCGCGAGUGCUGCCCACCACAUCGUACCGAGGCGACUUGCUGGUGGCCCCUGGAUUCACCAUCAAGGUCUGGUCCUACAAGAAAACCUUCCCUCAACGCCUGCCUCCACUGAAACUCCUCUCGCGCCUCGCCCCUCCCUCCGAUCCCUCCGCCACUGGAGAUGUGAAGAUGGAGAGAGAGUACCGAGUGGUGGAGAGCGGUGCAGAUGGGCAUGGGGAGGGCGGAGGGGACGGGGAAGAUGGAGGAGGGGAAGGGGAGGAAGGGGGUGGGGCGGAGGGAGGAGGGGGAGCGGGGGAAGAGCUUGAGACAGUGGGGUUGGAUGAGCUUGUGAGGGCGUACAAGUAUGGGCCCCAGGUCAUCCCAGUGAGUGAGUAUGACCGCAUGGCAAACCGGUUUCAGGCAGAGAAGGGGAUCCAAAUAAUUGGCUUCACAAUGCGAGACCAGAUUCCGAGGCACUACUUUAUAAAGGACACGGCCAUUCUCCUCCCAGAGCCCAGCAACACCAAGGCCGCUCUCGCCCUCUCAGCCCUUGCACAGGCCAUGGAAUCCUCCGAAAAGGUGGCGAUCGUGCGGUUCAAGCUCACCAACCGGGCCGACUCGGGCGUUGCCCUCGGCGUGCUGACGCCGUGGUGUAGCGGGAAGCGAGGGUUCACAGAAGAGGAUGAUGAAGCUGUGCCCGACCUGCUGCUAUUCAACGCCAUCCCCUUCAGUGAGGACAUCCGGGAGUUCUCCUUCCCGUCGCUAGAAACCGCGCCGCCCAAUCAGCAGCCGACAGCUGUCCAGAGCAGCGCAGCAGCAGCGCUGGUCCAGGCGAUGUCUCUAGUGCGGUGCAGUGAGGUGGGGGAGGAUGACGAGGAGUACAAUAAGGAGGAGGGGGUGGGGGAGGAUGAGAAGCUGAGACCAGAAGACACACCCAGCCCGGCACUGCAGCACUACUAUGAUUUCAUCCGAGCUCGAGUUCUCCGCCCCAAGGCCCCCAUACCGCCUCUCCCUGCUGCCCUCGCUGCUCCCCUCUCCCACCCGCUCUCUGCCGACCAUCCUGCCGCCCGGUCCUUUGCUGCUGCCUUCCCUGCCCUUGGGGAUCACACUGCGCCUCUAUCUCAACAGCCUCUGCAGCUGUCCCAGGCAGAGCCUUCCCCAGACGAGCCUGCACCAGCUGCAGCUGCCCCAAGCAGACCGGAUUCUCCUGUCGCCAGGGACCAAAGCAGGGAGACGAGCGCCGGGCCUUCAGGUGUAACCAGUGCGGGGCACUGA